GAAGUGCGAGAAGUGAAAAUUUUAUUACAAUCUUUUAUUAAAGCAUAUAAGACGAUAACAAAAAAUGUCCCCAACAAUUUGCCAUGACGAUCAUACCACAUUGGAAAGUGAUGAGAUGUGUGAAAAUAAUAACAAUAAUAAUAAAGAACUGAAUCACAAUGUGAUGAUAAAAAUGGAAGAUGAGAGAAAGGAACCAAAAGAUCAAAGUAUGGAGCAGAAAUGUGCUAAACGUAAAUUAUCAUGUGAUGAAUCAUCAGUGAAUAAUAAAAGGCACCGGAAAGCAAUUGACGAAGAUACAGUGAUAUCUUCUUUAUCAUCUUCAUUAUCAUUAAAUUCUGACGACUACGGAACUGACACUGAGCUGAUAGCAAUCAAUUCAAACAAAAAGAAGCAUAAAUAUUCUCACAGAUAUGCUCCGCUAAGUAAGUACGAGGAAAGAUGUGUAAUUAGCAGCUCCGACACAAGCUGUAAUGUACAAAAUAUCAUAUGCAAACGUGACUACACGAUUUCCAUCGAUGAUUCAAAAGUAUCAUCGAGUACGACACAUCUAGAUGAUAUGGUUAAAAAGAUUACAUCCACAAUGAAAAUUAGCAAUGCUAAUACAAGACAUCUGUUCGAUGUCGCAGUGUCAACAUUUAAGCUAAUCAAAAAGAAUCAAGAAUUUCAGAUGAGACUUCGAGAGCUGCAAAUGGAAACGAAAAAUUUUGUCGAUUCCAUUAUGGAAAAUCCUGAAAAUCAAUCGAUUAAGGAACAAUUGAAAUUAUUAAUAUGAAUAAAAAUGAGGCAACGAGGUCAAAAGUGAAUAUUUAAGCGCAAUAAAUUUUUG